AUGGAUUUCACGUUUACUUUAUUAUCUAUCGCCUUAUUUCCCCUGGCCCUAUUUGCAUUCUGGUCGCUCUCAGCAACAGGGCCGUCAGCGCCUCUUGGGCGCGGAUUCCCAACCUUAUACAACAAAAGAAUAUGCCUCUUGAUUGCGCACCCUGAUGAUGAGGCCAUGUUUUUUGCGCCGACUCUGUUAGCGCUCACGAAACCUGAAUUGGGGAACCAUGUCAAGAUACUCUGCCUAAGCUCUGGUGACGCAGCAGGUAUUGGGCACAUUCGCAAACAAGAACUUCAGAAAAGCGCUCUCCGACUUGGUUUGCGCAACGAAUCCGAUGUUUUCAUUGUGGACGACCCAAGUCGCUUCCCAGAUAGCAUGUCUGCUACCUGGUCAGAGGAUAGUAUUUCGGUACUCCUUGCUUCUGCAUUUGCCCCCGGACUCGCCGUUCAACCACCAGCCUCACCAGAGGCUCAUCGACGGAAGACCUCUACUGCUAACAGCGUUGGUGGCGAUAGGGCAAGAAGUCCUCCUAUAAACGGGAAUGCUACAAUUGAUGAUACACCCAACCAAUCCGCUCCUGUCGCAACCAUCGAUGUCCUCCUUACAUUUGAUCAGUCAGGUGUUAGCAAUCAUCCAAACCAUCGUUCCCUCUACCAUGGAGCGCGGGCAUUCCUACAAGUUCUAAUGCGUGGAAGAUCUGGCAGCGCUUGCCCCGUCACAUUAUACACUCUUACAUCGACAAACAUAGCACGAAAAUAUCUAGGAGUUUUUGACGCCCCUAUAACCAUGUUGAAUGGUGUGAUAAGUAAUGCAUUUGGCGGAUCUAGCACAAAUGCGGCACCACUACCUCCAAUGUCCAAAACCCAGGAGCUAAGAGGAGUUCGUGAAUCACCGCCAGCAAACAGACUGCUCUUCAUUAAUUCGGUAAACGACUGGCUAUCUGGAUGGAAGGCAAUGGUGUAUGCACAUAAGAGCCAGAUGGUCUGGUUCCGGUGGGGGUGGAUUUCGAUAGGAAGACCUACCAUUGGUUUUACAUUUCAUCUCAACUAA